UCUGACUCUCAAGCCGAAGUUACGAGUCCAUCGAUGUAAUGAAACCGUUACAAGUCCUACAAUCCGGAUAAUCAGGCACAAUUACUUAAGAAAAACCGAACCCAGCGCAAAAGCAAAACAGUCCAGUCGAGUUUAUUGUUACAGGAUGUGCUCUGAAACGAAGACGUGAGUGCGCGCGCUGGAGACGCAGACGCGGGACUGUCAAUGCCCGGAUUCUCUAUUGAUCAUGCUAAUGUAUGGAGAUAUAACUUCUUAAAAUAAGCAGAAAUGUGGCCGGCUCGCUUUCUUCGCUUCUUCUGCCUCGUCGUCAUAAUUGUGGUGGUUCAGAGGAGCAACGGUCAGUCAGUGUGUCCUGGCACUGAUAACAAGCUCAGCACGCUGUCGGAUUUGGACCAGCAGUAUAAGACUCUUCGGAAGUUCUAUGAGAACUGUGAGGUGGUCAUGGGAAAUCUGGAGAUCACCAGUAUUGAACGCAACCGUAACCUGUCUUUCCUCAAGUCUAUCCGGGAGGUGACGGGUUACGUGUUGGUGGCUCUGAACCAGUUUGACUAUCUUCCUCUGGAGAACCUGAGGAUCAUCCGCGGCACUAAACUGUAUGAAGGACGCUACGCUCUGGCCAUCUUUCUCAACUACAGACGAGAUGGAUACUUCGGCCUUAAACAACUCGGCCUCAAGAACCUGACAGAAAUCCUGAAUGGAGGCGUGUAUGUGGAUCAGAACAAGUUCUUGUGUCAUGCUGACACCAUCCACUGGCAAGACAUCAUCAAGAACCCACGUUCUGAACUUCUGGUUGUGCCCUCAAACAACAGUGGAAACACAUGCAGAAGGUGCCAUCGCUCCUGUAACGGCCGCUGCUGGGGCCCUCAGGAGGAUCAGUGCCAAAGCUUGACAAAGACGGUGUGUGCAGAGCAGUGCGAUGGACGCUGUUUUGGUCCGUACGUCAGUAACUGCUGCCACCGGGAAUGUGCAGGAGGCUGUUACGGACCCAAAGACACAGACUGCUUUGCUUGUACCAACUUUAACGACAGCGGGGCCUGUGUGACCCAGUGUCCUCAGCCAUUCGUCUACAAUCCGACAACCUUCCAGCUCGAACACAAUCCCAACGCCAAAUACACCUAUGGAGCUUUCUGUGUCAAGAAAUGCCCACAUAAUUUUGUGGUGGAUCACAGCUCAUGUGUCAGAGCCUGUCCGAGCAACAAGAUGGAGAUGGAAGAAAAUAACAUCAAGAUGUGCAUCCCGUGCACUGACAUCUGUCCAAAAAUGUGUGAUGGUAUAGGUACCGGCAGUCUUCAAACGGCUCAAACCGUAGAUUCCAGCAAUAUUGAGAAGUUUGUCAAUUGCACCAAGAUCAACGGCAACCUCAUCUUCCUCAUCACAGGCAUCAAAGGAGACAUGUAUCAUGGUAUUGGCGCUCUGGAUCCUGAGCGACUAAAUGUGUUCCGCACCGUCAGAGAGAUCACAGGUUACUUGAACAUCCAGUCUUGGCCAGAAAACAUGACUGACCUUGGUGUCUUUUCCAACCUUGUCACCAUAGGAGGAAGAACUCUUUAUAGUGGUAUUUCUCUGCUGAUCCUGAAGCAGCGCUGGAUCUCUUCACUGCAGUUCCAGUCUUUGAGAGAGAUCAGCGCCGGUAACGUCUACAUGACCAACAACAGCCAGCUCUGCUUCUACAAUACAGUGAACUGGACCGGUCUGUUCCGCACCAGCACCCAGAGAGCUCUGAUCAAGAACAACAGGGACACCAGAGAGUGUACUCAGCAAAAGAUGGUUUGUGAUUCGCUGUGUUCAGCGGCAGGAUGCUGGGGUCCCGGUCCAGAUCAAUGUCUUUCUUGUAAAUACUUCAGCCGAGGAAGGACGUGUGUAAAAUCCUGUAAUCUUUAUGAUGGUGAUGAUCGAGAGUUCGCCAAUGGAUCUGUGUGUGUGGAGUGUGACAACCAGUGUGAAAAGGCUGAAGAUAAAACUCUUAGCUGUCAUGGCCCUGGUGCAGAUCACUGCGUGAAAUGCUUGCAUCUGAAAGACGGUCCCAACUGUGUGGAGAAAUGCCCUGAUGGUCUGCAGGGAGCAAACAGCUUCAUCUUCAAAUAUGCUGAGACCAACAACGAGUGCCAUCCCUGCCACCCCAACUGCACCCAGGGGUGUACUGGACCCCGGAUUCAAGAUUGUAUUGGGAUGCUGGACAGGACGCCUCUGAUUGCAGCUGGGGUGAUUGGGGGGAUGUUUGUGGUCGUAAUCGUGGCGCUCGGAUUUGCUAUCUUUUUCCGUCGGAAGAGCAUCAAGAAGAAAAGAGCUUUACGGCGUUUCUUAGAAACAGAGUUGGUGGAGCCUUUAACGCCGAGCGGUACGGCGCCAAACCAGGCACAGUUACGCAUACUGAAGGAGACGGAGCUUAAGAGGGUCAAGAUCUUGGGAACAGGAGCCUUUGGCACUGUUUACAAGGGAAUCUGGGUUCCAGAAGGAGAAACGGUGAAGAUUCCAGUGGCCAUAAAGAUACUCAAUGAAAGUACAGGACCUAAAGCCAAUGUGGAAUUUAUGGAUGAGGCGCUGAUCAUGGCCAGCAUGGAGCAUCCUCAUUUAGUGCGUCUGUUGGGGGUCUGCUUGAGUCCCACUAUUCAGCUGGUAACUCAGCUCAUGCCCCACGGCUGCCUGCUGGACUACGUCCACGAGCACCAGGAGAACAUCGGCUCCCAGCUGCUGCUCAACUGGUGCGUGCAGAUCGCAAAGGGUAUGAUGUUCCUGGAGGAGAGGCGGCUGGUCCACAGAGACCUCGCGGCUCGAAACGUCCUGGUAAAAUCUCCAAACCACAUCAAGAUCACUGAUUUUGGACUUGCUCGACUCCUGGAAAUAGAUGAAAAGGAGUACAGUGCGGAUGGAGGCAAGAUGCCCAUCAAGUGGAUGGCUUUGGAGUGCAUUCACUACAGGAGGUUCACUCAUCAGAGUGAUAUAUGGAGCUAUGGGGUGACUAUCUGGGAGCUGAUGACGUUCGGAGGAAAGCCCUACGAUGGGAUUUCCACACGUGAGAUUCCAGAUAUCCUGGAGAAGGGCGAGCGUUUGCCCCAGCCGCCCAUCUGCACCAUAGACGUCUACAUGGUGAUGGUGAAAUGCUGGAUGAUUGAUGCUGAUAGUCGGCCUCGGUUUAAGGAACUCGCUGCAGAGUUCAGCCGCAUGGCACGAGACCCUCAGAGAUACCUCGUCAUACAGGGGGACGAUCGCAUGAAGCUGCCCAGCCCCAACCACAGUAAGUUCUUCCAGAGUCUUCUAGAUGAGGAGGAGCUGGAUGACCUGAUGGACGCUGAGGAGUACUUGGUUCCUCAUUCCUUAAAUGCUCCUCCCACGUCACAUAUGCCCCGCCCACAUGUAGAUUCAAAUCAAAACCAGUUUGGGUAUCAUGAUGGAAGUUUGUGCCCCGAGGAGGGAACAGGGUCCCGACCUCAUGUGGCAGUCGCUACGGGAAGUGGCACCUCGGUCCCGCCAGGAUUACAAAGAGCAGGUCUGGACCCGGUAGAGGAUCCACACUGUAAUGGAAGCUUGAAGAAACACUCGGUAGAGGACAGCAGCGGCCAGCGUUACAGUGCAGACCCAACGGUCCUCCUGGGAGAGAAAGGACAGAGGGAAGAUACAGAUGAGGAUGGUUAUAUGUCCCCUAUGAAAGACAAGAUCUCCACAAAUCAUCUGAAUCCCGUUGAGGAGAACCCUUUUGUAACGAGGCGUAAAAAUAAAGACGUUCACGCGCUAGACAACCCAGGUUACCACAGCACCCCUGAUGGAAAGCCCAAAUGUGAAGAUGAAUACAUCAAUGAGCCCCUUUACCUCAACACAUUCAACAACACCAGCGACAUGAACCAGGAAAUGUUAAGGAAAAAUGGAGUCACUGUCCCGUUGCAGGUGACCACAGCGUCCCACACUCCAGGCACCCUCGUUCCCCACAUCACACAACUGGGCAAACCCCAUCAUCACAGCCACGGACCUCACGUUCACUUCGCCAUACCACCGGUUCAGCUGGUACACCCUGUACCGAUGAGCCAAAAUGAUCAACAUACCCAUCCAGUCCAGUCGGUCCAUGAUCACGCCAGCAAAUCUGUCUCGCAAGCACCAGCAGGCCAGAUCUGUCUUGUGAGCCAUCCAGGACACCCAAGCCAAUCGAAUCGUUCCCCACAACAGUUUCAUUUGGCAAAGUCCUCAGUGGUAGGUAAACUGCCAGGUCACCCGGUGCAACCAGGCAGCCAGAUUGGGACCACAUUAGUGGACAAGAUGUACAAGAAUAGCUUUGACAAUCCUGAGUAUUGGCAGCACAGCCUUCCACCCAAGGUCACCCCUCAGAACUCCCAAGACUCUCCGGUGGUCUGCAAUAACAAGUUCCUUUACAAGCAGAACGGCCGCAUACAGCCUGCCGUGGCUGAAAACCCUGAAUAUCUGUCUGGAAUGAAGCCAGGAACAGUCCUGCCUCCUCCUCCGUACCGGCAGAGGAACACUGUGGUCUAACGUCCAGGUCUCCAUGCUCUGUAGAGCCUGGUUCUUCUACCAGCACCUUAAACGUCUUUCCUUCAUCCUCCGGUGGUCAAAAAACGGGACUAGAAACAAUACAAGCCACUGAACUGACAUUAUGCCUCAUAAAAUAUGGCAUAAACACUUUGGGGAGGAGGUCAACGCAUCCCAUCCAAACACCAUCCAUCCCCAAAAACCUUGUCAGUCACCCGGGAACAUAGUUUUUCUCCUCUACAGGUAUUUUAAUAGCGUUUCAUACAGGACUGCACAUCUAGUAACAUCAUUACCUUGGUGAAAUCGAAUAUUCCAGACGCUCUCAAAGGUCCUUAAUUUGAGUCUGAAACAGAACAUGGAUGUUUGGAAGUGGAAAAAAAAAAUCAUUCUGAAUAGAAAGAGAAGUGUAUUUAAAAGAAUAUAGGAGUGAAUAUGCACUUGAAUUUUAUAUUUUCCUGACUGGAACACUUGCACUUUUUCAGCAAAUCCUUCAUACCGCCAAAACUGCUGCCCUACUGGGAAGACUACUGUUAGACCUGAGAGGAUUGCGAAAUCAUGAACAGUCGAGUUGCUCAGCACAAUGAGUUGAAUAAAAGGCUGCAUUUGUCCAUAUUGGGAAUACAACACCUGUUGAGAGAUACGGAGAAUUCAUUAUCAGGAAGAACGGCACUGAAUGGUUUACAGGGUGUUUACAUUCAUUUACUUCAUCGGUACCUGACUUAAGUGGGAACUUUAAAUCUCCUUUGCCGGAAUUUGUAACUGUUACUUUGCUGUUAUUGGUUGGAAGACAUGUCCAGACUUGGUCAGUAUGCUAUCAACACAAUAAGGUCAACAUGAAAUUGAUCCUAUUUACUUCAUUAAUGUUAUGGGUGUUCCAUGUUUUUUCACUGACAAAAUGUUCAUAACCAUGUUUAACUUGAACUUCCACCACUAAAAUAACUUCUAAUGUCAAAAUGAUUUCAUCAAUAGCAACUAUACUAAAAAUGAUUCUUCAGAGAAAAAACAAAGAUUUUGUACUUUAAAAUGUAAUGUUACUUGUUAAUUCACUGUGCAAUUUAAUAGCAAUUUCUGAGUGAAAAUUGUUAAUAAUGAUCAAUUUGAACAAAUAUUUGAAUUUUGAAUUUGACCUCCACAUCGCAGUCAUAAAGUCUCCUCAGGAGAAGACCAGAAGUUUUGUAAUCGACAAACUCGCAUCCAGGGCAUUUUAUGCUGAUAUUAUAUGCCCAUUUUCACAACCCAAUCAUUUCACGGUAGAUAAAAUGAAGUCUGAAUAUCCUGUUUAGCAUCACAUUAAGGAAGUAAACUGUUUUAUGUUGACUUUCAAUUAUAUAUAUAUUCAGUGUUUUGUAGGUGAUAUUUUGCCUCGCGUGUCUGUUCCCAACUGAAGUUAGUAAAUCAAAUGAAUACAUUUAGUUUUAAUCUGCUGGUUAACAUAUUUACUAGUAACUUUGAGUUUGUACAAUUCAGUGCGUCAGUACCUGAGCCUGUAAUCUGAUUGGAAAAUGGAAUUUGGGCACAACAGUUAUUUUAUUAUCAUUACUAUUUAUUCACAAUGGCUGCUAUGUUUUUAUUUUGGGCAUUUCAUUGUAUUUCAUAAAACAAAUUUUCUAGUUAACACAGCAGGUUUACAUGAAUUAGGGAGGUUGGGUAUGUGAUGCUGUGUUACGCGUCACUAUGUCACAUAACUGAGCUGUAUUUUGUAAAAUUGCAAACACUUAAAAGAUUUAAAUGUGCCACUUUUCAGCCCUAAUAUAAUUAGAAAGCAGGCAUCUGUCUGUGGUUUAAAAGUGUGUGCUUUUAUUUUUGUAGUUGUCUGUCUGUGAUCUCACACCUAAUAAGAAGUGUAGCACAAAUUCAGAAGUGUUUCCCCUGUAGUUUCCAAUCUACUAUCGUUAGUAGUUUCUGUGCUUUUAAUGACGUAGUGUCAGAAGACUAGUCAAAUGAAUCACAUUUCGGUGAUAUUUUGUCCGAUUUGUGGCAUAUGAACACAAAGACAUUUUUGCAACAAGAUGCUUGCACAUUUUAACAGUCGUUAACUGCCAAAUAUAACAAAGCCUAAUCUCGAGGCACCGUUAUCAUUGUGAACUUUUGAUUUAGAAAUGCCAUUUUUGAUAAGAAUGAAGCCGUUUUAUUUCUUCAUUACUGGCCAGUUUGAUCUCAUUGUUAUAUCUAGGUAUUACCGAUAAUGUGUGUAUGUACAUACUUGUACAUUCAGAUUCAAGUUAUGAUGAUUAUAAAGUGUAAACCCUUCCAAAUGUGUAACUUUGGUCUAAACUUUAGUCUGGUCAGAAUCAGUGAAAGACUUUUGUACAUCUGAACCUUUCUAUAGUUAAUGGCACUACCACUGAAAAAAAAAAUUGCAGUCAGUAAUAUUUUAAAAUAUUCUAAACUGAAACGAAAGGUCAAAAGAACAGCAUUAUUUGAAAAAGAAAAUCCAUGUAUUGCUGAUUAAAAGUAAUUUCUUUAAAAAACUGUCCCCAAACUCUUCCGUUAGUGUAAAAGGGUAUAUUCCCACAUUGAUAUCGUCCUUUAUCAGCUACUAAUGUAUGAAAAUAAACCUGCACUUGAACCACACUGUAUUUUACACAUUAAACAUGCCUACGAAUACUAAUGAGAUCACGUUGAACCGUCUGGAAUGAAUUAAAUUAACCAUAUUUGAAAUAGUUGAACCAUAUUUCAUCAUUUUACUUGAGAUAUUAACUUGUAAACUGAUGCAUGAGGAACCACAGCAGGGAAGCGUCUGUUUAUACAGAUUAAGCAAUCCGAGAAACAGCGUAUAAGAGUCGUACAAUUUGCGGUGAUUCACUAUUCAGAAUGGAGUGGGAAGUACAGAUUUUUUGUGCAGUAAAAUGUAGUGUAUUUCUGAGCCAUGAGGCAUUUGGAGUGACUGUAACAGCUGGGUUCUUCUAAAGGGAAGUGAAUAGUAUUUUUGUAUAGUUAUAGGAAGUGUAAAUAUAUAGAGACUGUUGCAUCAAUUUUUCAUUUCUUUGCGAUCAGUUCUGUUUAACAUGUGCCGUCUGUAAUGGUCUGACAUUGUUUCAAUGUUGUAUAUGUGACGUUUGAUUUGAUCUCAAGUGAUGUUCUGUUUUCCUCAGACCCGUUUCUUUCCGCGUCACGCUCAGUUCUGUGAAUUUCUUCUUCUCUUGCUGCUUCUAUGGUUAGCUGUGGCCCUUUCCUUCCCUCCAUAAGUGCCCAUUUUCUCUAUUCUUUACCUUUAUUAGUUGUAAAUAUAACUUAUUAAGACUUACAGAAAGACGCAACCGAAGAUUAUCUACUUCUGUCAACCUAAUUUUAAAACAAUACUGGCAUAUCUAGAGUGAACUAUAUUUAUUAUUGACAUUUUGUUUUGUAUGUCUGCAUUUGGUUUGAUUGCUUUGUAUUAUAUGAUCAUGAUGAGAAAAUUGCUACAGUUGAAGCACUUGCAGUAAAUCACUGGGUGGCUUAUGAAUUAUUACUGAUGGUGGUAUGUGCUAAGCUAACUAGAAAUAUGUCAAAUAAUUUAUAAGAGCCUAAAAAGUAUUUGGACACUUAAGUCACACUUAAAAAAAUAAUUUUGAGGCAUUCAAUAACAAAAUAUUAAACCAAGUGGUAAUUGCAUUGACACUAGUUAAUUCUUUACUCACCUUCAUGAUGUUACAAAUACUUUCGUUCAUUUAUGUUAUACAAAAAUGAAGACCUUUUUAAUGUCCCGCGCACAAUCCCCAGAAAGGAAGUAAAGAUUAAAGUAAUCCAUGUGACUCAACUCAAUUUUAUGAAGCGACUGGGUGCUCUUGCACACAAAAAUAUAAAAUAAAAACAUAUUGCGCUGUGUUCCAGACAAGGUUGUUAAGAAUUUAAUUUGUCCCAAUCAGACGUGUUUACAUGUUGACCACAUCUCCACGACGAGAAAAAAAAAAAAAAAAAACAUAAAUCGUUUUGAAAACAGCUGACAAAAAGCAAAAACAAAGGUUACAUACACUUAAUAUUUUUACGUUUGUGCUCAUUGGCGACAUCUUUGAAGUGACGUGGUUGGGGUUGAUCAAGUGUUCACGGAUCGAAUGUCCGAAUUUGAGUGACGUUCCAGACUUAUGCCAACCUGUAACCUGUGUUUUGCAACCUUAUACCCGUGAAAGUGCACUGUAAUGGCACAAUCACACCCGUGAACUCGUAGAUCGAUGUAGCCUACUCACAGCUACGGGCUCUGACGUCACCUAACCCGUGAAACCAUAAAAAACAACAAUGGCAGCCCCUGCGGUGUGUCUCUGCAGGCGAUACACGGUGAGAAUACACUUCAGGACAAUAACGUUAACUAGUUUUCAGUCCAUUGAGUGCAAGGAUAAAUUAAUAUCAACAUUUACAAAUAUAGUAAAACAGCUUAUCUUGCCUUAUGCGCCGUUCAAAUAAACAAGGAGCAACUUUGGCAACAGAAAUUAUUACAAAUGCGUAUAAGGUCCGCCAUGCUGGUUUGUUUACAUCUUGCUACCACAAUUCCUUGCGCUCAGGUAGUUUGGCGUAACUGGACUGGAAUGCUACAAAGUCGUGGUGUCGUGAUACGUGCUCAAAAACGUGCCUGGAAGGCAGCAUUACUUCUAAGAACGAGGUGCCAAAAAUCCAAAUUCCGAGCUGUCUGGAACGCACAACGUUUGCUCUUGCGUCAACACAACACGCAUGCGUCGUGGGGCUCUCGUGAAAGCGCAUGGGAGACAUUGGAACGACUUGAGGGUGAGUAGCUGACAGAAUUUGCAUUCUUUGGUGAACUGACCCUUUCAUUUCUUUAGCCAUUUUUGCAAUGUCACGGUGAUUUUAGUAAAUGUAUGAAGUCAGUUCCAACCUGAAAGUGUCCAAAAUGCUUUUUAAUUUGAGCAGCAUAUUAGGCCUACUAACAUUUUUUUCGUGUGUGUGUGUAUGUGAUUAAAUUAUAAUUUUUUUGUUUUUAUAACGUGCUUCUGUCAUUUUU